AUGUGGUUACAGACAAUUGCUAUUAUAUUACCACGAGUACAAGAACAUUAUAGUGUAUCUGACGAAUGGAUCGGUACGUUAUCGAGUUCAAUCUUUGCUGGUAUGACGUUUGGUGCCUUUUUCUGGGGUACUUAUUCAGAUUCAAGAGGUAGAAAAGUACCCUAUACGAUGACAUUGGCUAUUACCUCCCUGUUUGGGCUUAUCUCAACGUUUACAUACAAUUUUACUACUUUGUGUGUAAUGUUAUUCUUUCUUGGUUUUGGCGUUGGCGGAAAUAUGCCUACAGACGGCGCCUUAUUUCUCGAAUUCUUACCCAAAGAGUUUCACUAUUUAUUAACGUUCAUGUCUGUCUUUUUCUCUUUCGGUGCUGUUAUUGCUUCUAUUAUUGCUUACAUAGUUUUACCUCGAUGGAGCUGCCCGCAAGACAGUAACAUAGCGUGCGAUAUAUCCACUCAAAAUUUAGGAUGGCGAUUAAUGUUGUUAAGCGUUUCUAUCGUCACCAUUCUCAUGCUGGCCAUGAGGACAUUCUGGUUGAGAUUACCAGAAACACCAAAGUUCUUGAUGAGUCAAGAUAAGCACGAAGAAACCAUCAUUGUAUUACAAAAUAUAGCAAAAAUCAAUGGUGGGAACGUGCAAAUUGAUAAAAGUGAAUUACCCAUGUCUGAGGCAUAUGGAAUUAGUAUGCAAGAAAGAAGGAACACUACUGCAGUAGUAGAGAAUCCAUCUGAUGAAGAUGAUGAAAGUGAUACAAUGAUUGUUGAUGAUUCAUCAGAACGGCACGUACUUCUAUCUACUGGACGAAGAAGUAUCGAAGAGAUAAGCAUAAACGAGAAAGACUCAGCAAAGGCGUUUCAGUUGUUGUUUGGGCCUAAAUGGAGAUUGACAACUGUUCUUGUAUGGAUUAUUUGGACUUUUACAGCUGUUGCAUAUACUAUGUUUAACGUGUUCUUACCGAAAUACCUCGAAACGCUUGGAUUUGAGGGUGAAGCUAAGGCUCCUUCUCACCAACAAGUAUAUUGGGAUUACAUGAUUUACUCCAUAGCAGGUGUACCGGGCUCAGUGAUUGCUUCUUGGAUGAUUGAAACGAAUCUUGGUAGAAAAGGCACCAUGGCUAUCUCAGCAUUAGGCUCAUCUGUCUGUUUAUUCUUGUUUUCCAUAAUUACCUCGCGUCUUACUAUGGUACUCUCAUCCUCAUCAGUCUCAUUUUUGGUGACAUUGUUGUAUGCUGUCAUCUACGGUUAUACUCCCGAGGUGUUUGGUACCAAUGUGAGAGGAACGGCUGUAGGUACAGCGUCAGGUCUCGGUAGAAUAGCGGGUAUUUUAAGUCCUAUCAUGACAGGCUUCUUACUGGCUAUUAAUCCCUCUUUACCGCUUUAUCUGAGCGUGGUUGGCUUUACUAUCGUUGGUAUUUGUGCUUUACUUCUGCCUUAUGAGACUCGAAAGAAUGACAGCAAUCAUAACCCACCACCGCAUUCUUAUACAUAA